AGCGUAAGGGAGGGAGGAGACAGAGCUCGCGGUACAGAGAGCCAGUCUGUUUUCAGCUCCCAGUUCACUGUUGCUGCUCUGCCAGACAGCAUUCAGCCAUUCACCAUCACACGCUCUAUCAACACAUUCACUCUCACUUCACGACAGCUGACAACACCUUUUCGUUUUCUCUGCGGCACCACAGACUCCCGAGCCAGAUCAACCCCCGAGAAGAGAAAGACGGACUCGAGUUGAACCAGUUACCACGCCAGCUCAGAAGAGGCUGGGUCGAGGCUGGAGAGAGUGACUGGAGCAUGGAAUGGAACCUCAGAAGGAUGGAAAGUGAAUUGAGGCACAUCAACCCUGACCUGCUGCAGCCCAGCAAGAGCUUCAAGAAACCCUCCUCAGGCACCAUCACCUUAAACGUUGGGGGGUUCCUGUACACAGCCCACCGGACCACCCUUGCCAAGCACCAAGGUUCUUUCCUAGAAGAACUGGCCAAUGGUAAGAAGCCUGUCCAGCACACUGAUUCAAUGGGCAACCCGUUCAUUGACAGAGAUGGUCCAGUUUUUCGCCACGUGCUCAACUACCUAAGAACGGGAGAGCUCCAGCUGCCUGACGACUUCCGGGAGGCAGGGCUCCUGCGCCGAGAGGCUGAUUUCUACCGCCUGAGUGAACUCGUGGAAGCUGUGGUUGAUUGGGAAAGUCAGAGGGCAGCCCAGCGCGAGGCUGCCUUUUUAGAGGUGACGGAUAGCCAUGAAAGGUCGCAAGGGCUCAAGGUGUACUGCAGUGACGCCGCUUUCCUAGACAAGAUCAAAGGGCGGCUUGUGCAAAUCUCCAAAAGCCGCUUGGAUGGAUUCCCAGAAGAAUUUGUGGUGUCGUCCAAUGUGAUCCAGUUUCGACACUUCAUCAAGUCGGAGCCAGGCUCACGUCUCGUGCUGAAGGAGGACAGCACAUUCUUGUGCACGCUUGACUGUCUUAAACUAGAGACAGUCAUGCUAGCACUUAGAUCAGGCUUCAAGCUAGUCACCAGCCUUGACAGCAGCAAAGGUUCUGUGGUGGCAGCGGAGGCCCUGCACUUUGUCAAGUAGAAUUAAACGAAACCGAUGGGGAAGAGAGAAGAGGAGAGAGAAAAAUAAGUUUUCCCUGAUUCUGUAUCCAAGAGUGGUAUUGGCUAGAAGAUGUGCUGAGUGUAUUGUGUCAUUGGGUGAAAGAAGGAAAACAGGUGGGCUGGACUUUCUCAGAGCAUAGUAUUUAUAUCUUUACAGCAAAAUGUUGGCUUUCAAACACAGGACUGGAUAAGAUUUUGGUAACACAGAGUUUCUAUAGCCAUUUGCAAAAUCAGCAGAAUGGCAUUUUGGCAUCACCCUAUACUGCUACUGCUUUGUAAGCUGGUAUCUAUGAAAUUAAUAUUGAUGCAGAGUAACUAUAUGAAAUAUUUGUUGGAUCUGAUCAGGCAUCACACGAUCACUCUAAUAUGGAAGACAAGCCAAGAUUGUAUCCUUCCAUAGAGAAGACAAAAAGGUGAAACUGAGAUUCUGAACGUGGAAAGCUUCAUUAGUGGAUUAGUCUCUGCACAAGAUCUGCUUCUGCUGCUUUGUCAACCACUGAACAAAAAAAAAAAAGCCUGCUAAAGCAGCUGUGGUGUGCACUGUUGUGCCAUUCAGCUUUUACUACAGUCAGUGCCUGUAUGUGUGUGUUUGAGAGUGUGUGUGUGGGUGUGUGUUGCUAUAUACUUUGUGUGCCGUUAUCAGCUGAUUUAAUUGCUUGUGUAGUUUAUAAGCCUCUCUGGAGCCUUAAUGGAAACUUGCAGCUCAUUAACUUGUUAUGAAUGAACAAAACGAACUGACAGACAGAAGCAUCAAAACUGUAUCUCUGUUUGUGUCAUCAAGUGCAAAGACUCGUGAUUAUUGUAAGGGCUUGAAUCUAGCAUGAUGCAUGUGCACUUAAAGACUGUGUGUUUGUUAGUGCCGUGAGCCUCUCUGAAGUCAGUGCCACAACAAUGCCUAUUACUUCAAAUGUAAAUAUAUUUUACAAAUAAAAGUGACACUGAUUGUACUGGUUUAAAGUGUGGUGUGUAAAUGCAAAGUGUAUGUAAGGUUCAUGCCAAAGUCAUUGCUUUGUUGAAGAAGCUUGUGAAAUACUAUGUGUUGACAUGUUUACUGUUUAGAAGACAAUUAGCUAAAUUAAGAUCAUUUAAGCCUGAUCCCUAUAAACUUACAACUUAUACAUAGGUAACUAAAAACUAUAAAGUACAGUCUGGAUCUACCCCAACUGUCAGAUAUAUUGUUGUUAUUUAUGAGAAAUAAAAUGAUCAAUUAAUGAUUGUAAUUAUUAACACAAUCUAGCCUCUUACCGAUUACAUCUUUAUUAUGAUUAAACAAUCUUGAUAUAUGGUUUAUUUCAUCUGUAAUUUGUUGGACUGGUACACUGUAAUCUGAAAAUAGGAGUAACUCUCUACUAUAAUGAUUUUAUUCCUCAGAGGCAGUAUGCAGAGUGGAGGAAGGGAUCUCUCUGGUGGCUUUUAUAGAAUAAAUGAUUGUAAAUGACAUUUCAAAACAGGAUAGAACUUUACAAGAUGUAUUUAUGUAUUCAUGUUGAGUGCAUUAUUAAAUAUUUUGGAAGAUGGA